AUAAAGGCUAUAAUCUUCUAUUUUGUAAUGCUCGUUAUGAAUUCUAGAUGUCAAAAAUUUGAAUUCAUGAAAAUAAUAACUGUAUCGUAUGUAUUUACUAUUUAAUAGUUUUCUGAAUAUACUAAGUUCAAAUGGAGGAUUUUGAUGUCUUUACUAAUGAGAUUGAGUAUACUAAGCCUGUUUAUAAAAACAUCCUCAAUAAGUAUGUAAAGGAUAUACCAAGCACUCCUAGCGGGCCAAAUUAUGAAAGUGGAAGGAAACUGAUGGGAGUUGAAUAUCUAGCUGAUGGUCAAGAGAGACAGUGUGCCUUUUAUUUUAGCGAAUCUGCAUCACCUACAUUACGGACGCUUGCUGUUUACAGAGAUGAACAACUACGUAACUCAGAUAACAAACUAAAUAAAAUCACAGCCUACAUAAAACCCAUUCAAGAUAUCAUAGAUGCUAAUCCUGUAAUGUCAAAAGACGAGGAGGAAUUAUUACAGUUGUUUUCAAAUGAUACUGAAACAAAUGAAAUAUUAAACCAAUAUGAAUAUGAUGAUGAUUUACCACUCUAUAAGAAGUAUAUGAGAUUUGGCUCAGAGAACAAUAUUGAUAACUUUUUUAAGAUAUUGAGAGAACUGCCUAAAGAAUGGACAAUAAUCCAAUUGACAGCCCCGUAUAAUCCAAAUGAAAACUUGAAACCAUUUGUCGAUUACAGGACGGAAAUAGAUUGUUUAUAUCUUACUGUAUUAACCAAUGACUAUUUGGAUCAAGAUAUUGGACCAUUGACGAUUGAAAUACCGGCAAAUGUGACUAAAGGUGAGGAAAAACCACUCUUUGAAGAGUUGUACUCAAUCCUCGAUGAAAAUUACAAGACCAUAGAUAAUGCACAGUUCUUGAACAACAAGCGCUUGGUGCAAAACUAUUGGAGCCGACGUGAAGAUAUUGAUUUGAGGAUGAAGAGCGUGAUCAACGUGAUGUACAAGGAAUGGCUCGGAGGCUGGUCCAGUUUACUCACCGGGAAGUUAAUAGAUACUAAAAUAAGAGAUAGACUCAUUAAUCUAGUUGACACGGCUAUUGCUGACUGGGGGUUCUUCAAACUAACGAAAAAACAAAAAGUUCUCCUAUACAACCUGCUUGAGCACAGUUCCGUGUUGUCAUCCCAACAAAUUAAAUCUUGUAUAAGGAAAAUUCUUACCGAACACGGCAACACUGAUGACGUGAGGACAUCUUUAAAUACAAGUGAUUGUGAAAAUUGCAAUAAUGAAUUCAAGUUUUUAAACGAAUUGUGUUUAAAAUGCUUGUCAAAAUGUUUCGAGAAAGUUCAUAAGUUUACGCUCGUCGAUGGUAUAAAAGCGUUCUCUCAAGUUGCAUUGAAGAUAAGAGAUGAAUGGGACGACUUAAAGAAGGCGAAACGAAACCCGGUCAUACUAAUUGUUGACGAAAUGCUUGAUACAUUUCCGUGGGAGACACUGCCAAUAAUCAACCAGCAACCUGUAUCGCGUAUAGAAAACAUCCACUUCCUGUACAUGCUGUAUAAGAUCCACGAAGAUAGCAUUGUCGAUGGUUAUUUCAUGGCAAAGGCUGAUGUUGGAAGAUACGUAAUAAAUCCUGAGAAGAACCUGGAGCGAAUGGAGCUGCGCAUGAGCUCGUUCGUGCGCUACUGGUGCCCGACGUGGGGCGGCCACGUGGGCCACGCGCCGCCGCCCGAGCGCCUGCUGCGCGAGCUGCGGGCCGCCGACGUGUUCCUGUACUGCGGCCACGGCGACGGCGGCGCGGGGGGCGCGGUGGGCGCGGGCGGCGCGGGGGGCGGCUCGCGCGCCGCCGUGCUGCUGGCGGGCUGCGGCUCCGUGCGCCUGGCGCGGCCGCCCGCCCGCGCGCCCGCCGCCGCCGCGCACCACCACCUGCACGUGGCCGCCUGCCCGCUCGUGCUGGGCAUGCUGUGGGAGGUCACCGACCUGGAGGUGGACAAGGCCGUCAGCGCGCUGCUGGCGCUCGCCGUGCCGUCCGACGCGCCGCUGGCCUGGCGCCGCGUGGGCAAGGCCGACUGGAGCCGCGGCGUGCUGGACCUGAACGUGGAGCAGAGGGACCCCGUGCCGCCCGAGAGGGACAUGCUCCGUGCGAUGUGUCGCGCCCGAGGCGCCACCAACUUCAUAAUGAUCGCCAGCAGUAUGGUGGCCAGAGGGCUGCCGGUUAAGAUGCCGGACGAGUAG